AUGGCAGCCGCGGGUGAUCACGACAAACACGAGGAGAAGGACGUUGUCGACGUUGGAGCGCCCAACGACGCCAGUGGCGCUGCCGAUUCCGAGGAGGCAAAAGAAGGGCAGCAACAUGCAGGCAACGGCGGAGGCGCGGCCGGCGGAGAUGGCCAGCCGAGUGGCUCCGACAGCUCCAACCUCGAAGUAGGAGGCGAAGGGGAGCUGCAGCCGGCCAACAUUGCGAUGCGGGCUCUCAUUGUAACGGGCGACGCCAGCAUCAUCAUCGGCAAGCAGGGCAAGCACAUCAACGAGAUCCGAGACAAGAGCGGGGCCAGGUUGACUAUUAGCGAGAGCAUCCCGGGUGUCCCUGAACGAAUCAUGACCGUGGCUGGUCAGCUCGAUGCUGUCAGCAAGGCAUUCGGGCUCAUCGUCCGUCAGAUCAACGACGAACCCUUUGACCAGGCUUCGGUGCCCGGCAGCCGAGCCGUCACGAUUCGAUUCAUCAUUCCCAAUUCGCGGAUGGGCUCUGUUAUUGGCAAGCAAGGGACAAAGAUCAAGGAGAUCCAAGAGGCCAGCGGUGCCAGGCUGACUGCUGGCGAGGCCAUGCUGCCCGCAAGCACAGAGCGCGUCUUGAGCAUCUCUGGAGUGGCCGAUGCCGUCCACAUCGCCGUCUACUACGUGGGGACGAUCCUGCUGGAGCACCCCGAUCGGACAGCCAACAACCUUACCUAUCGGCCUGGCGCCGGCGGCCCCGCACGGGGCGUCCAAGGUGCCUUCGGCGCCGCCGGUGGAGCACCUGGCGCGUACGGCUACGGUGGAGCGGCCGGGGGAGCAAUGGCGGCCGUGGCACCGGCCUCGUUCGGUGCACCGCAGCUCCAGCCAGGGUCGCAGACGCAGCAAAUUUUUGUGCCCAACGACUUGGUGGGGUGCAUCAUCGGCAAAGGCGGUCAAAAGAUCAACGAGAUUCGGCAGAUGAGCGGGUCGCACAUCAAGAUCAUGGAGCCUCAGGCGGGCAUCGCUGCCGGUGGGAGCGGCGCCGAGCGUCUCGUGACAAUCACGGGUCCCCCUGCCAACAUUCAAAUGGCUGUGCAGCUCCUCUACCAGCGCCUGGAGCAAGAGAAGCUCCGGCUGGCAACGCAGCAACAGCAGCAACAGCAACAGCACGGCCAGCAGUAG